AGCGUCUUGACGAGAUGAUUUCCUUUCUACAUCAUGAUUCCGAUCCGUCUCUCACCAACAUCUCUCAUGAUGAAGCAGUCGCCGGAAAAUUGUCAUGUUCAUGCCUACGGAUCUUCUCAGGUGUUAUCGAUGCCUGUCCUGCCCAAUCGUUGAUGCUGGAAUGGCUGCCCAAUGAUAGCCCCUUACCCCUUGAUUCACUGCAUGCCUCUUUGUUGGAAUCUUAGUAUUGUUCUUGAACAGUAUAUACCAACACGAAUUUUCACUCGCUUCAUUUUUAUCCCCACACUUCAAAGUUCUUGUUUCUUCUGCAAUUGCAGCUGCGUCGCACAUUUUGACGUUGUCAGCACGGCCAGUUUUUAUCCCAGUUUUCAGUCAGCAAUUUGAUCUUUUCUUUACCUCGCAUCAACAGCCAACUCAAAAGCCUCCCUUCUAGAUACUCUUUGAGAAGAUGGACGCCGUGACAACCUAUGGCUACAGACUCGUACGGAAAGCAGGUCCACUCGAAGUCUUGACUGAUCUCUUCCAUGAUCUUGGAAUUCAGUCUAAUGUCCGCGUUUCUUGCGAGUACUUUCAUGAGACCAAAAACCUGUCACCGAGAAGAGUAUUUCGGGCGCUGAAACAAGUCAUUCGAGAUAUCCCUGCCCUCAGCAUCAUCGGAGUAAGCCAACUAUCCGAGAAGAAAGAAGGAAAUCACCGCACAUGGGAAGCGAAACUUCCGUUCAUCAGAUUUCGCGACUGCGUAGAGUUUGUGAACGACCAAAGUGUUGGCAACGAUACAGCACUUGCUAGAAUCUGCGAGGGCAUCCACAAUCGAUGGUUCGACACAGGCGACACCACUAAGCCCUGGUGGAAGUUAUUGAUCUUGAACGGUAAGACCGCCAUUUUCGUGUUCCAUCAUUCCAUUGGCGAUGGACUAUCCGGAUAUGCGUUCCACAAAAAGCUCCUUGGCGCUCUGAACGCCGACAGCGUCCGUCAAGACUCUGCGGACCAUGCUGUCGGGGACGAAGUCUUCACGGUUGUGGACGGAUCUCAGAAGGAAGAGCCUAUCGCCGUCGAUGAGCUCGAUAACAAGCUUUCCUGGUUCCAAGUCAUUCGCACCUUUCUAUUCUGGAACAUUAUGCGCUUCUUUGUCAGACCGAAAUACCUGCUGUUUUCAGAUGCAAAGGUCAAUGACACGUAUCCAACCUUCAGCAAGCCAUUCCCUGUGGAGGAGCGAACUCGCUCGAGAGUCGAGCUCUUACGAAUUGAUAAAGAGAUGAUGAGCAAAUGCCUGGCCAGCUGUCAUGAUCAUCAGACGACUUUUACAGCACUGCUGCACACCAUAAUUUCCGUGACCUUCGCUGCAGAUGUCUAUCCAAACGCGAAAGUUGGAUUCACAAGAAUGGCUGUCAAUAUACGGCCUCUCUUGAGGCACGAUCCGGGCCUAGACGUGUUCACAAAUGCCUCCGCGACAUACUAUCGGACACAUCUUCUUGGAAAGUUUCGAGCUGCUUCCCAGAAUGGAGCUUUUGAUAAAGCUGCCGUGUGGAAACUGGCAGCUGACUACAAAAAGCACAUGGAGAACUCGAUCUACAAGUCCGAUGCCGUUCUUCAAGGCUAUCUUACUUGCAGGCUCCUCGGCGAAGACAAUGAAGAGGUGGGGUCGUUCUACGGUCUGGGGCUAUAUCUGAACAACUCCUUUCUCAUAUCCAAUAUCGGUGUGUUCAAUCCCAACGAAAAUAUGAAGGAUGGAGGUUGGAGCGUCAAGGACGUCGGAUUUGGUGCUGCCGCCAUCAGAGCUGCUGUAGGCGACUAUGGCCCUGUGUUCUCGGUUGCAAGUGCGAAAGAUGGAGAUUGUGUAAUUGCAGCAACCUGGGAACAUGGAGUUCUGAAGGAGGAGAUGGUCAAGAAUGUCUUGAAAGCGAUUGCUGCAAGAUUGGCAGCCGUAGCAUGAGCAGUGACUCCCUCGAACUCGAGUGAGUCGCGCGUACUUUGUUCCCGGCGUUGGCCAGGACAAUACACUAUUUCCGUUUCUGCAUUUUCCAUAUCUCUCCACACACGACAGCUCUGUGAUGGCUUGAACUGAACCUAAGGUACGAGACAGACACUCCAGAAUCACGUGUCCUGAUCUGGAAAGCCUGCUGCCUCAGGUCAAAAGCGCCUUCAUGCAGCUGGAUUUUUUCCAAUUGGCCGCCCUCAGCCUCAUGCCCUCGUACUUCGUGCACUUUGCAUGCAUGCCCACUGCCCACUGCCCAUUUGGCGAGUGCCCAGGUCAGCCUGGGGCAGUGCUCCCGAUUUUACUGAAAUCCGAGACUGUCCUCGAUCCUCUUUUCUAAGGUCGCGGCCGGCGGCAUCCUCACCAACUCACAGACACAAUUGACCUCUCGCCGUAAGACUCACAUCGAACAGAAACUGAUCGUCUCAGACUAUGGAUCAAAUGGCGUGGGUUGGCGAUAUGGGUAUCGACCCAAAGGAACUGCAGUUUAAUCACAUGACCCUGCCUGGACAACCUGAACAACACCUCUCCCAUAGUGAUUCGCUUGAGGACGUGCAUCCUAGCUUGCGAUAUCUCUCUCUCGGCAAGCCGCAUGCGAAUAUGAUGGACCUCGCCGGUCCCAAUCUAGGAGUGCAGUCCGAGAACCUUGACAUAUCAGACUUUACCAGCCCUCCGAUUCCUGAAAAUCACCAUCGUUCGAGUGAUGCCUUCGAGCUUAGUAACAGAAACAAUUUCCCUCGAUUUGGAAAGCCGAAUGCCUAUCAGAGCACUUCGUAUGGCGGGAACCAAAUGGUCGGAUCUGCCGUCUGGCCUUCUCAUGUAUUGAAGUCAUUCGCUGAUAUGGAUAUGGGUAUGUCUCGUCUUGUUUAUUGGCUCGUUCGUUUUUGUUUGUUUCGGGACCGCCUUUGCUGCUUCAGGGACUUCAAUGCGUAUCUCAUCUCUUUCCCAGUAUUGUGCUUGGAAACUCGAAUGCCUACUUGGAUAUGCAGCAUCUUCUUUGGUACUCUUUUAUAUUACGACUUUACGAUGAUUGGGAGUAUUUGACAUUUUGAUUGCUAUUUCGUUCUAUCAGCGGAUUUUCAUUCUUGUGAAAAGGUUUCUGCAUUGGCACAUUUUAGGUUGUUCAAAGUUAGCAAGUUACUUCUGCCAAAUGAAAAAAGUUUCGGUUCCUAAAUUCUCAGCGGUAAAUGACCUUGCAGUGCCAGAAACAAGUUUCAUGACGUCGAACUUCACUAGUGAGAGAGAAUGUU